AUGAGUAGGCUUAUUAUUUUACUGCUUUUACUUACUUUCCAUUAAUGCAAAUAAUUAGGUUAAAAUGUUAUUUGUUCAUAGCCUGGUGUUUGCACUGAUUAAAGCUGUGGAACCUUUAGCGGAUUUUAAUGGUAAUAGAGUACGGGUAAUUAUUGUUAAAUUUAGGAUUGUAGUUCAACUGCAUUUCCUUCAUCUGGUUUAACUGAUUAAUUAUGUGGUUCUUGUCCUCCUAUUACUUAAGCAAUUUAUGCUAAUUCUCUAGGUACUUCUUGUGUAGCUUCACCUAUUCCAUGCAGUUCAACUUAAGGUUUAACAGAUUAAAUAUGUAAAUUGUGUAAUUCUCAAAAACCUUUUGCUAAUUCAAAUGGAACCUCUUGUAUUGCUUCAACAUAAUCGUGUAGCUCUAAUUCAAACUGGACUGAUCAAAAUUGUAGUCUAUGUUUUUAAAAUAAACCAUAUGCAAACAUAAAUGGAACAGCUUGUGUUGCUUCUACAAUACCAUGUAAAUCUUCUUCUGGUUGGACUGAUUUUAAUUGUAAUUUAUGCAAUCCUAGUACCCCUAUUGCUAGUUCAAAUGGAAAAAAAUGCAUAGCUUCUACUAUUUCAUGUAGUUCUACUUCAGGUUGGACAGAUGCAAAUUGUAUUUUAUGCAAUUCAAGCACUCCUUAUGCAGCUGCCGAUGGAAAAAGCUGUGUGGCUUCAACGAUAUCUUGCAGUUCAAAUUAAGGAUGGACUGAUAAUAAUUGUUUUUUAUGCAAUCCAUCAACUCCAUUUGCAAACAUAGCUUAAACAGCUUGUGUAAAUUCUUCAUAUUAAUGCAUAGGAAGGAAAUUUAAUUUACCACAAUAAAAAUGGACUGAUGAUGAUUGCGCUAGCUGUUAUAGCUUUUCUUAUAUUUCAAAAUAGGAUGGAUCUGGAUGUUUGAAUUGCUAUGCGCUUUCAGGUAUGACUGAUAAUGAUUGCAAACUUUGCAAUGGCUCAUAUGAUGGUGAAAACUCAUAUGCUAAUGCUCUUGGAGCUUGUGUAUCUAUAAAUUGCUCUUAAACAAGUGGAUGGGUGACAAGCGAUUGUACUAUGUGCAAUCCUGCUACUCCUAUGCCUUCAUCUGAUGGAACAAUGUGUGUGUCUGUUACAAGUUCUUAGAUUAUAAAAUUGUAUUUAUUAUUUUUUAUUUUAAUAUUUUUGAUAGAUUGA